AUGCCAACGUCGAAGCAACUACAAGCAGAACUUUCUGCUGCCAAAGCUGAAAUAGCUCGACUACAGCAGCAAAGCGUCUCUCUCCAUGAGCGUCUAGCUCAGGUUUUCCUUGCCACUGAACUGCCCGCCACCAAACCUUCCGCUCCUACCCGUCCUCCUCAGUCACCAUGGCAACGUCAACUCUCCCAAAAACGACCUUCCCUUCCAGACUCUGAGCUCUCUCCGCCAACUAAGAUUGCAAGACCAGCUGCCACGAAACCUCUUCCAAGCCAAGCUGCUGCUGCUCGUACAUUCAGUCCUCCUUCUGCAAAUCAAAAUUUCAAAUAUCUCUAUGUUCCUGCCCAGCACCCUAUUCCUAUCAGCCAACUACGUAGCCAACUACGACGCUUGCAAAUCAAUAGCAGCCGUGUUCUCGAUAUACACUAUCCAGACCACCACCUUGUUGUCCUACUUAUUCAUAAUGACUAUGAGUCUGACCUCUGUUCACAACCAAAUAAGUUUACAAUUACCGUUCGCAAUGAAUACGAUCCCCUUGAUCCCGCAAACUUGCGUGAUACAGCGUGCUCCAAGUGGAGUUACCAAGGCAGGGUCGACUAUGCCUUUGGUGCUUUUACAAAUCGUCUGAUUUGCGCUAUUCGUCGGAUUAGGGCCCCUGUUGAACGUGCUGUCGCACGCUUCUUGAGAAAGGCUUUUUUGGCACCGAUGCGUUUCCUGAAAUUUUCCAUCACAAUUGAUUGUAUCCUGAACCUUUUCGCCAGUACAUUUUUUACCCUUGAUCACAAAAGGGUGCUUUUAGUCUCCAUUACUGACCUUUUGAUCUCGCCCGGGUGGUCUUUUAUUGCGCUCAACAGGACGUUUAAUUAA